AUGGCUAACCCCAUCUCCCGCUUCCUGUCGCUCAUUUUCAGGAGCAAGGAUUUGGUGACAUUAAAUGGGCUGGUGGCUCUGGGCACCAUGGGUGGCCAGGAGCUCUUCUACUUGUUGGCCGUCCAGUGCCCUUGUGAACGAGUUCAGAACUGCCACAUCAUCCUCAACAACCAAACCAGGAACCUGGUGGACGGGUGCCGGUGCUUCAGGACCAAGAAAUGCCCAGGCAUCCUAUAUUCUAUCGUGGGCCGCGCAGCCGUGGCCCCCCUCACGUGGUUGGUCAUCUCCCUGCUGCGCGGGGACGCCUACGUCUGCGCAUUCAGCGAGUUUGUGGACCCGUCCUCGCUCACGGCUGAGAACGAGAGCUUCCCUCUCUCCCACACCACGCAGAUCCUGGCCAGGUUCCCUUGCAGGGAGAGCCCUGACAACCUGUCUGGGUUCCGGGAGGAGGUGAGCCGCAGGCUCAAGUUUGAGUCUCAGCUAUUAGGGUGGCUGCUCAUCUGCACAGUGGCCAUGGUGGUGUUCCUGAUCAAGUGCCUCAAGGCCUGCUGCUCGAGGCUCGGCUACCACCAGGAGGACUACAGGGCCCGCUACCUCGCCAAGGAGGAGCAGCUCUUGCGACGCACGGCCGAGGUGCACUCGCUCGCACUGGCGGCCAACAACGUGAAUAAGUUCUUUGGCUUCGUGGCGUUCGACGAGAGGGAAAAGGAGCUGAUGGCCAAGUUUCCAAAGCAAGGCACACAGUUGAUUGUACCGUGGGAAAAAAUCACUGGUAGUUCCCAGUACCAGGAGAUGCUGGGCAUCCCCGUCUACAGCCGCCUGCACAAGUGGGCCAACAGGCAGUUUCUCAUCGACAAGGAUUUCAAUAUGACCCUACUUCCCCACCCUCAGCCCCAACUUGCUGCCAGCCCAACCUCCACUAUUGAAGCACCACCCUUUCUCCCAAACCACUGGCUCUGGAGGAAGAAUGAGGUAUAG